AUGGCAUAUGUACCAUAUUCGAUAGAACGUAUAAAACGUAAACUUGUCAUUGUUGGUGACUCUGGAGUUGGAAAGACUUCGUUGGUCAUGCGAUAUGCUACUGGCAAACCACCUUCACAAAAUAAACCAUUCAUUUAUGAGGAUUACUUUGUAACUGAAAUGAUGGGUGAUGAAGCUGUGGAGUUACGGGUGGUUGAUACGGCGUACGUGUCACAAAGAAAAUCGGGAUAUUCGGGUGCACACAUAGUUUUAAUGGCAUUUUCAGUCGAUUCACGCGAGUCAUUUGAAAAUAUAACACAGCGGUGGUUUGCUGAAGUACAACAAUACGCGCCAACAGCUACCAUUAUCUUGUUAGGUCUAAAACGAGAUACUCGCGGGGAUCCAGUAGUGAUUGAGAGAAUGAAAGAGCGUGAUGAGAAAUUUGUUGAUGUGCGAGAGGCAUUGCUACUCUCAUCAGCACUCUGUGCUAGAACCUACAUCGAAUGCUCAUCAUACGUGGGCGUUAAUGUACGAAAAGUAUUCGAGGAAGCUAUUUCUGGCGUCGUAGAAAAAUACAUUAAAGAUAAUUCUCAGAGCUCGCCUUCAUCAUCAUCAUUGAAUUGGAUAAAUGGAAAACGAGCGUCGUCGUUGUGUGGGGGAGUUGUUGGUUUUUUCGGACUAAGACAAACUAGCAAUAAUAACAACAAUAAUACAGGGACGCGGCGGAGGACAGGAACGAACAAUCAUAAUAACAAUCGAAGUAUAAAUAAUCUCCUAUCCCAACAUGAAUUCGAGUCUAGAGAAGACGUGAAUGGGACAAAGCAUUUAAAAGGUCAGUAUAGCGAAAUUAUGGAAAUCCGUGAUUAUUCCUUUGCGUAUAAUAUUAACAAGGCUCAUUAUUUACGACAACCGAAUACAUCU